AUGAUCCCGAACACAGAGAGGAGGAGGAAGCCGCUGUUGCUGACGACGAAGACACCGCCGCCUUCGAUUUUCACCCUAACAGACGCUCUCAUGUCUCAGCAACUUCGAUCCAUAACUAUAAUGGCUAUCAAUGAUCCUAAACACAGAGACGAGGAGGAAGCCGCUGUUGACGACGAAGACACCGGAGCUCAGGUUGCUCCGAUCGUCAGGCUUGAAGCAAUCGAGGUCAUUAACGGUGAAGAAAAAGAGGAUGCAAUACUUGAUCUGAGUUAAAAUACUGGAAAUAGCAAACACAGGAAUGGCUACUCUAUCGCCUUCUUCUCCCCCUUGUAUAAAGGUCCAAAAUUGAAGAGGAAAUUUGAACUUAAAUCCGUUUGCUGGUGCAUGGUGAUGAGGGAAAUAGAAAGUUUUGUUCAAACAAAAUAUUGAUCAACAUUACAUAUCUCUUCUAAAUUUUAUUCUUUUAAUUUUGUUGUUUUAAAUUAUUUUAUAUUCUAUUUCUCAAUUGAAAGAAAGAAAGAUGGAAAUAUUCAAUAAAAAAG